ACAAAGUGUACUUGAGUAGAAAAAAAGAUUCAUGUAGUAUUCCUCUAAGGUAAGACCUUUCUGAGGAUGGAGCUUCCAUACUUGAAAAUCGAGGUGAAGAGAUGAGCGCCAGAUUCUUCCGAGUGAGAGCACAUAUGAUCCGGGUUCUGUCUUAGUGCCACACCGAAGAUGUCCAAACCCCGGCUGACCCCGUCCGCUCUGAUCAUGGACAUCAAGCUGGCCGACGCUCAGCGCCGCUCCAAAUUCAACGGUGCACUGGAACGGAGCACCAGGCCUGGCGAGGAGGACACGCUGCGCUUCCUGAGUCAGGAGGAGCAGGAGUGCCUCCAGUUCUUCGAGGAGACCAUAGACUCGUUGGAGAACAGUCUGGAGGAGGAAGAGCUGAGACCAGGAUUGAACAGGUCGCUAACACGCCGCAGCCUUCUUGUGGAUGAGAUGGAUGGACUGGAUGUACCAGCGGACUUCUUCACUGCGGGAACACGGCGUCUCAGUGCGAACGACCUGGACAUUAUAGAUCUGGUCCGCCCAGACCCGCACCAGAGGCACACCAAAGUACCAGUCUUCACCCCUUCCAGCCCAGAUUUCCAGACAAUGGUGGUGAACCCAGAAAGCCACUUUGAGAUAAAACCAAGACAUGAUCCACUGGACCCCUCUGGCACACCAAGUGGGAGCUAUGAGCCAGCAGACAGCCCCUUGUACCACCCAGCAGGUUGUGUCCCCACCCCUGUCAUCAUAGCCAAGAAGAUAGCUGAGAACCAGGCAGGAGACACAGACCAUUCCUCUUCAUUCCACAUCCACCGCAGCCAGGAGGGUGAAAGAUCACCAGACUUCCUCACAAAGAUGGGUCCUCCUACCUCCACCAAGCCAAAUAGAUACCCUGCUAACAUUAGUAUGAUUCUUGGCAAAACCCUCCAGAAUCAGUCCAUCGCCAAUGUGAACCUUCACGAUAGGCGAGCGCAGGUGUUGGCAAAUCUGACAGGAGCACCGGCGCAGGAAGAUUCUAAGCCCAAUCUAGAGCAGAUGCCUUACAACUUGCCCGCCCGCAGCAUUUCCUUCAGGGACCCCACACCAGAUAAGUCCAGGCUGGAAGCACUGUCUAAACUGGGCCUGGCCAGGAACCGAGCCGUGUCAGGUGGAAUGUCAGUACUAGAUUCUCCCAGCAGUACCACACAGAAUCCUAUUGUGAGGGCAGAGAACAGUAGCAUUUUCAAUUAUGUGCAACCAAGUGUUCUCCCGAAAGAAAGCAGCCCCCGUGUGACAGAUUUCAAGACCACAGCACCACCAAGUACCAGUGCCUUUUCUGCACAACCCAGCGUUCUCCCGAAAGAGAGCAGUCCCCUUGAGCCAAAGUCUAAGACCACGACAUCACUAAGUACCAUUGUCAGUUCUAUGCAACCCAGUGUUCUCCUGAAAGAGAGCAGCCCCUCAGUGCCAGAGUCCAAGACCACAAUACCACCAAUCCCAACUUACGUCAGCAGAGAAGCAGUGAAGCUUCCCAGGAGCUUUCCCAGUAAGCCUCCACUGAGCCCACUGACUUUGGAAAAGGAUGAACCUGAAUUUCCUCCAGCAGAGGUGCAAUUGAACAACUUUGGAGGCAAAUCCAUCGUGGUCACUGCAGUUCACCCAAAUAAUGACGAUGUGAGUCCUUUAGUAAGCCAAGAAGCCAAAGUCUUGCCCACCGCGCUGGUCAACUCCAGCGAGUUCAACAGCUAUGGCGGUAAGUCCAAAGUCCUGUCUCCUGUGUCUCCGGUGGCCAUGACCAGGAGCGACCUUCCUGACAUUGUCAUCGAUGUCAAUCGCCCCUUCCUCAGCCCCAAUCCCAAUGUGGUCAACCGUUACGAAGGCAAAAGUCCAACCAUCAACUCUCCAAGAGCCCCACAGCGGUCUAUGAAUGGCCCAAAAAGGUCUUUCAAAGACCUACCUCAAGUUCCACUCAACAGUUAUGGAGGCAAUAGUCCGACUAAUAAUUCUUCAAGAGCCUCACAGUGUUCCUUGGAUGACCCGACGAUGUCUGUCAAAGACCUACCUCCACCUCAACUCAACAGUUUUGGAGGCAAGAGUCAGACCACCAACCCUUCACAGCGAUCCUUGGACGGCCCUACGAGGUCUUUCAAAGACCCAUCUCAAGCUUCACUCAACAGUUCUGGAGACAAUAGUCUGACCAACAACUCUUCAAGAGCCUCACAGCAGUCUCUGGAUGGCCCGAUGAUGUCUGUCAAAGAACUACCUCCACCUCAACUCAACAGUUUUGGAGGCAAGAGUCAGACCAUCAACCCUUCACAACGAUCCUUAGACGGCCCUACGAGGUCUUUCAAAGACCCACCUCCAGCUAAACUCAACAGUUUUGGAGGCAAUAGUCCAACCAAUAACUCUUCCAGAGACUCACAGUGGUCUUUUGAUGGCCCAACGAUGUCUGUCAAAGACCUCCCUCCAGCUCAACUCAACAGUUUCGGAGGCAAGAGUCAGACUAUCAACCCUUCACAGCGAUCUUUGGACAGCCCUACGAGGUCUUUCAAAGGCCCACCUCCAGCCCCGGCACCAAGAAAUCCUCUUAAGUCCUAUCACCAUGUGGGCGCUGCAACCCCAACCAGAGCCUUGUCGCCCACCGAUUACAGGAAAACACCCAACGUUGCGUUUCGACCUCAAGGUAUCACUGUUCAGUUUUCUGGCCGUGGGGCUGCAGACGAAUCUCGCAACCAGGCUCUGAGGAAACUUGGGUUGCUGAAAGACUCGUGAUGGACUUGAUGGAAGGUUUCCAUGCUUGACUGAGAGCAAGGCGUGUCUAAGGAAACCUACCUAGACGAGAGGACAGACCUGCACAGCCAGUUCUUGUUGCCUGGAUACUCCUGGCAAGACUGUUUUGACGACAAAUGUCAUCUUGUUUGCAAAGGAAACCUUUGUUUGAGAGAGCAAAGAUCAGGGUUCUUGUCUGAAGAGCAAAUUACUUCUCAAAGUUGCGAGAUAAAUGUUUCAACUGUUCAGGGAACAAAUGUACAGGUGCACCUUAUGAAAUCACAAUAUCUUGUCAAAUUUGAAAAACUCCCAAGUUCACUUUAAAGCACAAACUUGCAGUGGACGUUUGUUUGCGGUCUUUUGUCAGACGUACACAUUUUGGAAAAAAGUAACAGUAAAUUAAACAAGUAAACAAUUUCCUUUGAAUUUCCUGCGGAUCAGAACAAUUUCCCUUGUGGAUCAUUAAAGUUUGUCUAAGUCUAAGUCUAAACCCUAUUGUGCAUGUCCACAAAUGUCCACCACGGGGGACAUCGUACAUGCAUUGCACAUGGAGUGAAAUAUUUCAAGAAGGUAUUUCUCAACUGUUUUGAUAUAAUAUGCUUUAUAUUAUAUCAAAACAAUUAAUAAAUAAUUCGGUAUCUCAUAAAAAUUGUCAUUGCAAAGCCUUCCUGAGCGUUUAGUUAUUGCGGACUCUUGGAAUAAAAUCACUUGUAUCAAGGAUAUUGUGAUGUACUACGAUGCGCCUGUAUGUAAUAUGAAGAAGUUGUCCUCUGCUGGAGGUUAUUUUUACUCCAUAAACACUAACCGCACAUUCUGGAACAGCUUUUUACUUUCUGACUGCAGAGGGAAUACUUUGCCGCUUAUUCUGCAGGCAUUGUGGACUUCAGACCACAAAGACCCUCUCGUCUCCUUAUGCUCGCGACAAAGUGUCUCUUUCUGUCCAUAGUUAUGUACUUUUUUUCAGACUCCGGCCUCUGUAGUUCAGCUACAGUCACUUAUGAAGUAUAUUUUUGCGUUUGCAGGGUUUUACAAUCUUGUGAAUUUUUUUUUUUUUUUAAGACUCCGGUUCUCUGUAGCUCAUCUACAGUUACUAUGAAGUAUCUGCUGGUGCAUACCCAUCUACUGUACUAUACGUUAAUACUAUCUAACAUGUACAUAUUAAUGUAUUCAGCUCUUGUUGAAUGUGUGUCAAUCAUUAAAGCGCAUCACGUGA